UGAUCCACGAUCUUCAAGUCAAGCAAGAAAUACCAUCACCCAGGAAAAGAGUGUACGUAAUGUGAUAUCAAAAGAGCCCUAUGUUUUGGGCAUAUAUAUUUAGUACAAUUUUCCAGGUGCGCAUUGUUUGCAAAAAUACACUCUUUUUACCACCAAUAGCAGAAACCAAUAAUCCAUGGGUGAAAGAGAUGAGGGAAAGACCAUGGCAGGACUCAUCUCCAUAUUCAGCUCUAUAUAGACUUCAUUAUAACACCAACCCCGACACCCUGCAUGCGUUUCCCAGAGUGUUCCUCGGCGAAUCCGAAAAUCGCGUUCUUGUGAUCGUCAUACCAGUUGGAAUCCGCCUUGGUGUUCGAUGCAGUUCAGGAACUUACCUUCAGGGGACAUGAACUGCCUCCUGACCUUUGCAUGGCGUACGUUAGACCUUGCCUCGAACCUAGGCAACGCUGAAGGGUCAUUGCCGAAACUGAAACUGGUGGGGGUUGGAAACAGUGAGAUGGUCUCGUCGAGGAAUUCGUUGGCAACAUCUCCGUCUUCAUCUAUCUUGAGGCUCUUUGCAUACCACCUCAGACCCUGCAACAUGCAGAACCAUCAGGAAAGAGAUAUCUAGGUCGUGAUUGGCCAAGGUGGCACCAAUUACAGAACUCUAAAUGAAGGAAUCAAAUGCAA